AUGACCACCCUCCCUCCGAGUCCCCACCCACCGGUGCCCUACACCCUUAUCUCCUUCCCGCACCCGGCCGUGAUGCUGGUGACGCUCAACCGUCCGGCGCAGCUCAACGCCAUCCCGUCGGCGCAUCACACGGCCAUGGCCGCGCUCUGGGCGUGGUACGACGCGCAACCGGAGCUGCGGUGCGCCGUUCUGACGGGCGCGGGGCGCGCCUUUUGCGCCGGCGCUGACCUCCGUGAAUGGGACUCCUCCUCCUCUACUCCUAACGGUGGCGGCGAGGCGUGGCUGCGCGCGGCGGGCGGGUUUGGUGGGUUAUCCAACCGGUCGGGGGGCAAGAAGCCCGUCAUUGCGGCGGUUAACGGGCUGUGUUUGGGGGGUGGUAUGGAGAUGGUGAUUAACUGUGAUCUGGUUGUGGCCGAUGCGCAGCGCGCCCGGUUUGGUCUGCCUGAGGUCACCAGGGGUGUCAUUGCCCUGGCCGGCGCGCUGCCCAGGCUGGUCCGUACCGUCGGGCGCCAACGGGCCGCUGAGAUGGCACUCCUCGGCAGGACGGGGUAUACGGCGCAGCAGAUGAGGGAGUGGGGGUUGGUGAACUUCGUGGUGGAUAAGGAGAAGGGGGAGGGGGAUGUGGUGGAGGUGGCGGUGAAAUUGGCUGAGGAGGUUGCGAGGAACUCGCCGGACGCGGUUAUUGUGUCUAGAGAGGGCUUGAGGCUUGGUUGGGAGGGGAUUGGGCCGGAUGUGGCGACCGACGUUUUGGGAAGGGGGAUGUACGGGCGGAUUGACGGCGGGGAGAAUAUGAGGGAGGGGGUCAAGAGCUUUGUUGAGAAGAGGAAGCCCGUGUGGAAGGAUAGUAAAUUGUAA